AUGACGGGCAGUGCGUCGCCGACGCGUCGACGGGCGCGACAGGGAAGCGUGGACGUCGAGAACGGCGGCGUGGAUGAUGCGAAGGCGUCGCCGGGACGUUCGAGGGGGGAGGUGAAAACGGAGGUCGAGGUCGAGGUCGAGGAGGAGAACGGGCGCGGGCGACAGGCGAAGAGCGAGCAGGCGAGAGCAGGGACAGAAGCGAUGAAUGGGAGCGCCAAGCGCGUGGGAUCGUUCACGCCGGGACGAGGGAGCUCGAUGGAGCCGUCGACGGAGGGAGAGGGCGGCGCGAGAGACGCGGUGAAGUCGUCAUCGGCGCUGAGCGUGCUCGGCGUCGCCGCGCCGCGUGUGGUGGGCAAGCGCACGCCUAGGAGACCGAACAAUGCGUACGCGACGUUUGAGAAGGCUGCGGAGGUUUUGGUGUCGCUUUCGCCGCAGAUAAAUAGGGGCGCGAUUCGGGCGCAGCAGAACGCCAGUCCAGCGAGGAACUACUUGACCAAGGAACAAAUCGCGGGUCUCGCAGUCGGGUCCGGGUUGACCCCGAAGCGAAAGCGCGCACGUGCUUUAUUCCCCGAUGAAGACUUCAGUCAGAAGUCUAACGGAGCCGCGAAGAAGCCCAUUCUCUCGGCGGCUGAGGAGGACACUCUUUUUGGCGCGCUAGACGGCUUGGUGACGCUCGCGAGCGCGGAGAACAUCGCUCCGACGCAGGCUGAAAAGUUGAAGAACAAGCGAAAGGCUGGAAACACACGACCGAAAGCUUCGCCGUCGCGUCACCUUCCGCCAUUGCCCAAGCAAUACCUCAAACCGCUCCCUAUACCGGUUGGUAAAAAGAUGCUGAAGAUGAACAGACCGAGACGGCUCGCAUCGCGGGAGAUCGAGUCGAACGGUCUCGGCGCCGCGUCUUCACUCUUCGGUGACCACCGCGUGAACGAGGAGGUGGGAACGGCACAGGAGGUUAGAGGCGACAACAGAGCUCGUUUGCUCAUAGGUGCGCAUGAUCCCUUGACGAGGCGCUGGGCAAACGCUAAUUUUUUCACCGCCGCCACGGACAAGUCGUGGUACGAGGACAGCGGCUUUGCGCGCUGGCUGGAGAGCAUCGGUAAGGGAGACGUGCGAAAAGCGACGCGCCAAGAGUGGCGAAACAUUCGUCGCAAGUUGCCCAAGACGAGACGAUUAUCGUUGAAGUUCUUGAAGGAUGAGCGUGUGGACUUAGAGUGUUGCCGCCGAGCCGCGCGAGAGAUGACAGAGUUGAAACUACAAGGGAAGACGGUGACGGAGGAUAUCAAGGCGAAGAUGCUCAAGUGGACAGGCGGAUUGGAGGUCACGGCCCCGCUUGAAGUCGGACAGACGGUGUUCGCGGUUCACCCUCGGUUCCGUUCGCCUUACAUCGGGAAUAUUUUAAUUGUUGAGCACGCGCAGUGUCGCGUGCAGUUUGCGAGACCGGAGCUCGGCGUUGAGCUCGUUCGAGAUGUCGACAUAAUGGUCGUGGACGUGAGUGCUGAACAGAUGGAGCUCAUCGCCACUGGUACGGCUGAGCAAAUUGAGUACGAAGCCUUCACCGCCGGAUUCCGAGGGAUGCUCGAUCCCACGCCGGCGGUCGGUGGCGUUCAUGCGUAUGGUGCGGGACUUGCUGUUGCCGCGCAGAUGCGUGAUAUGGACGUUCGUUUACUCAACGACGCGCACCAGGCCCUUGAGCGCAAACGCGAACUCGUAGAGGCAUUGCGUAGGAAGAACGACGCCGCGGAGGAGUUUAAGAAGAAACCAGAGCGCGUGAAGCUGGCCGCGGAAGAGAGCGGCGAAUCACUGAAGUUUCAGCGAGAAUAUGCGGCGAUCGUGCUCAGUUUGCGGGACGCCAACGCCGAGAUCGAGACGGCGUUGGUGCGACUUCGUCAACAGCAAGGCUACCACGACAAGCCUCUCGCUCUGUGGAGGAAAAUUAAGAGUCAAAAUCUGGGCGACACGCAUCGAAAUCUCUCUCGAUUCGCGCCACCAACGGUACCGCCAACCUCGGAGGAGUUGCACGCCGCCACUGCAGAGGACAUCGUUGCCACUGCUGGAAUGGGUGCUCGACGUAUCGUGUAUCACGUACAAACUACGACCGGCGCUGGCACCGAGAGCUCGGCGACGAUCAAUCCGAGUCUGCAGGAACCCCUCAGCGGCGACUCUGUGGUAUCCAAGGAAGAGCUCGCCUCUGCCUCCGCCGCGGUCGACGCCGAUCCCGAGAAGGUCAAGGUCACCCAACUUGUCACCGCCAUCGUCCAGGCCACGCUCACGAUCAAGGCGUGCGCCGACCACGGCGCGAGCGCCAGCGUCCUCGACGCCUGCCUCCGUCGC